AUGACCAAAUCAGGGCAGUCAGGCACGGUGAUGGCCCCAAUGAGACGGACACUGUCCCUCAGCCCUUCAGUCGUCGGUGCUUUCUCCAGUCUAAAUCAUCAACCUCAAGACCCAACGGAAGAGGACUAUGACAGAGUGGAGCAGCUCAUGAUUGAUCAACGCGAAGAAGACGGAAACCGAAAAUCGGGCGACUACGGCUACAAAGAAGCAAAUCCAAUACUGUCCAAACUGGCCCAGGGCCUCAUUCCAGAUGCAACACCAGGGCUAGCUCAGGCGCUUCUAGAUUGUGGAGCCGACGUUUCCAUAGCCAAACCGAAGAGCACGAACCUUUUCAAAGUGUUUUCCGGAAAGGACCAGAUCGAGGAACGAAGUGAUGUCCUCUCGCUAGCUACCAAGAACUGCUCAAGCGACAUCCUCAUCGUCCUUGCUCAGGAUGCGGACGAACAAGCAAUUAACGAAGCGUUGCCUGUCGCUCUUCGUAUCGCCGACCCCAUCAAGACCAGUAUCCUGCUCGCGAAAGGUGCUGAUGCUAGUCCCCAUUGCGAACUCUUUCUCAAAUGCGUCGACUCGGCACCAAUUGAUAUGGUACUUCUUCUCCUACGAGAUCUCAAAGGGGCCUGUCGCCAAUGCAAGAAUAAAGGCCUCGUGCGCGCUGCGAAGGCAGGGAGUGUAAGGAAGGCAACUCUUCUUAUGGAAAAAGGAGCGGACAUCUCCUUCCAAGGAGGAGCAGCUCUGCUCGAAGCGAUUCGGAAGGGGAAAGAGGACGUUUCUUUUGCAAUCAUUUCUCGCACCCAAACCAAGCAGCAUUCCACCCUUCUGAAAGAGGCAGCAAAGUGUGCUCGCGAUCAUGGCCAACACCGAAUACAACAAGCAUGCAUCGACGCUGCUGCAAGCGACUCCGAAGCACCGAGCAACGCGACCCCGACGCAAACUUUAGUUGUUGUCAACGGGACCACUGUUGACUCAGCCUCCGCAAUAAGCAUCGAAAGUAUCUUGAUGUCGGCUGUCAACUCCGGUCGCCUCGAUACAAUACAGAAGCUUCUCUCUGAUGACACAUCGAGAAAAUUGUCCCCGAAGACUUUGGCUUCAGUCCUCAGUCAGGCCACUGAUUUACCUGACGUGAAGAUGGCUCAUCGUCUGAUUGAGAUGCUUCUUUCAACGGAUAUCAGAGGAGACGCCGUUUCCGACGCUCUCUGUCGCGUGUUGAGUAGGUCAAUACCGCCUGCCAAUGAAGAGGAUCGACUCCAAACCAUCCAGCUGCUCCUCAAGAAAGGUCGCGCAGAUGUCAAUGCCGAAAAGGGCAGCGCUGUGCUGCAGUCACUCAGCCCGAAUCGAGCCAAUAUACUCCGCUUACUCCUACAGCAUGACCCUUCGUCGGAUACCGUCGCCUUGUCAAUCGACGCAACAAUGAAGAUGGAUGUGGCAGCCGCACGACUUUCAACCUUGAGGCUCCUUGUCGACGGCGCCAAUAUUGCGAAGAGCGAGUACCUGCAAGGCGCCGCUGUAGCUGCGGCUUCAAGAAAUCUCGCCCUGGAUGUCCUGAAGUAUCUGUCCGAAUUCAUCACUUCUCCCACGAUCUUUAGCGGUGGGCUUAGCGCUCUCACAAAGGACGGAGAUACAUGGGCGUCUCCAAAGGGCCUUUACAUCAUUCAGUUCCUCCUGGACCAUGGUGCAUCGGGCCCCAAGCUCGAUGGCGCUAUGGCACGAGCUGCCUGCCUCUACAAUCGCGACGCUGUCCAACUCUUGGCAACAGCAACGGAUCCCGCAUCCCUCGAGCAGGCACUGAGCUUCGUUAUUGCAGCCUCUUCAGAUUGGCAGCUGCCUGCGAACCUCUGGCUCAUCCACUCACUGCUCGAGUGGGGUUGCGAAGGCACCAGUGUGAACCAAGCCUUGAUCAAUGCUGUCAGCGCACAUGUUGAAGGCCAUGAUCGGGAGCAUCUUAUUGAAACACUGCUUCGAGUUGGCCGGGGUGCUGAUGUGAACGACCAAGGCGGCAAAGUUUUGCAAAUUGCGGCGAGACGAGGCAACAUAAACCUUUUGAAGAAGCUGGGCUUGAACAACGCCGGACGACUGGCCUUGACCAACGCAUUUCAAACGCUCAUAACAUCCAUGAUGGAUCAGGGAACCGCAUUGGGUAUUCUUGACGUCUUGAUUGCGGCCUGCCAACGGAGUCGAACAAGAUUUGACGUCGAGGCUUUGCUCCCUGACGGCCGCUUCCCCGUGCAGGCAUGCAUAGCGACUCACUCAAAGGCUGAGGGACUCGCGAGGCGUCUCAUACAGCUGGGUUUUGCGGCCCAGCUCGGUCUCGCAGAACUCGUUGUCAAGCUACUUGAAGCUGGGGCCAAGCCAGGUGAUCGCGACAAUACUGGUCGUACCGCACUCUUCUUCGCAUCCGGCAGAGGCAACACGACUGCAGUUCAAGCUCUUCUCAAAGCGAAGGCUGCACCCAAUGAUGGCAGUCUUCAUGAGGCAGCAAGAAACAUGCACAGCGAGGUCAUCGAAGGCCUCAUUAAGGCAAAGCAUGAGCCGAACUUCCCCAGCAGCCUCCAUGAAGGACGCACGGCGCUUCAAGAACUUUGCUAUCGCAGCAACUGCAGCAAUAUCUCACCCGAACUAGAAGAUACCAUCCGCACUCUUGAAAAGGCUAAGGCAGAUCCGUUCGCCUCCCAUAGCAGCAUGAAUGCUCUGUUCCUGGCGCUCAAUAACACACGACCAUACCACAUCACGAAAGCCUUGCUCGAUAUCCAGCUAUGGCGAUACAUCAAUCAGGACAACAAUCUUUUCACUUAUGUGGACACUAAAACUUCGAUCAAAUACGCCUAUUCAGCCACCAUGUAUUUCAAGCACAAGCUCUACCGGGGCGAUCCUAGCCAUAUCCCACACCUAAUGCGUCUUCUCUCAGAGAAGUCCUGCCAAGACCGUUUCUUUGCCCAGUUUGAGCCACAUCAGCUCGAGGCACUUCAACCGGCCGGGGCCGUGGGCAUGCCGAAGGCCGUUCUGGAUGAGGAUGCUCGUCGGAGAGUGGACCAAGAGCGGAGACGCAUUCGUGAUCGAGAUCAUGCGGAUAGACUGCGACGUGAACAAGAAGAGGCGGUGCAUAGAGCAGAAAUCGAGGGCCGGCAGCACCAACUGAGACUCGAGCGACAGCAACAGACUAGUAUGCUUCAGGCGGCUGCGGCCGCGCAGCAAGCUGAAGCACGCAAUUCACGACGACAAAAUCAGUAG